CUUUCAGUGAGCGGCCGCCGCCUGUCGAGGGGCAUUAGCGGGCGCCACCGACGUGUGAACAUUUCAUGAGGCAGCGCGCGUCGGCACCGCUGACGGCAGCGUUUUAUUAGCGUCAGUCGCUCUCGGGUGGAUGAUUCAAUCGGCGUGUUUUUGUGGACCGAGUGCGCUGUGAGAUCGGCUGAGUGAGGCCCGGGGGGCAGUGUGGCGGUGCUCAUCAGGUGACGAUCAGGUGAUUACCCGGUGACAGUCAGGUGAUCGCUGACGCCCAGGUGAUUAUUGACGAUAAGGUGGUCCGGAUCGGGUGACGCUCAGGUGAUCGGUCGGUGACGCGUUGUCUGUCGACGGCCGCUGUGUGUCGGCGGGUCGCUAUGAUCGGCCGCCGCGGGCCGGCUGGCUCGGAGCCCUGCUGAUCGGAGUCGCCGCCACCGUCAUGAGCUCGCCGCCGCCGGUGGGCGCGUUCUCGGCGGCUGCGCUGUCCCAGUGCGCGGCUGACCUGACCCCGGCGGCCGGCGCCGUCAGCCAACAGCAGCAGGACUGCUGCUACACUGACUGGUCCGGCUGCAACUCAACUCUGAGGAGCAUCGAAGCGUGUUUCCUGAGCGGCGACCGGGCGCGGUUGGACUGCGCCGACCCGUACCGGCAGCUGUACCAGUGCGCCUACAGUCGGGCCGACGCCGACAAACUAUCCGCCGGAGACGUCAACGGUAACACCGCCGUCACCUCGGACCGCAACGACGACCGGUCAGCGGCGGCGGGGGUGGGCGGGGAGGCGGGCAAACAGCUGCCGCUGCACCCCAAGCUGGCCUCCGUGUCGGCCGUGCUGGAGAUGAAGGAGCAGUGGCAGCAGUUCAACGAGCUCACCACAGAAAUGAUAGUCACCAAGGCCGGCAGGCGCAUGUUCCCAGUCUUUCAAAUUCGGUUAUACGGCAUGCACCAGCUAGAGGCCUAUAUGCUCCAGAUGGACUUCGUACCCGUGGACGACAAGAGAUAUCGGUACGCCUUUCAUAGCUCGAGCUGGGUGAUCGCCGGCAAGGCGGACGCGCACGCGCCGUCCCGGAUUCACAUGCACCCCGACAGUCCGUCGGACGGCUCGCACUGGAUGAAACAGGUCAUCUCGUUCGACAAACUGAAGCUGACCAACAACCCCUACGACAACAACGGCUACAUCAUCUUGAACUCGAUGCAUCGGUAUCAGCCCCGAUUCCAUGUGAUCUACAAUCCCAAAAAGGAAGAGGAACAGGGCAAAUACCAGAACUUCAAGACAUUCGUCUUCUCGGAAACGAAGUUCAUGGCGGUAACGGCCUACCAAAACCAAAGGGUAACCCAGCUGAAAAUCGCCAGCAACCCGUUCGCCAAGGGCUUUCGCGACUGCGGAGAUCCGGAUGACGUCGGUAUGCCGGAGAUGAUGGGCUCCAUGUCGGCGCAAGGCCGGCAGCUGACCUCCGUGGCGGCCCCGCGGCCGCCGCCCUCCCUGCCCGUCUCCUCCCACAUGCUGCUGCAGACCAAGCCCGAGAAAGGCUCGGAGCAGUCGGAGCCGGUCUCGGUGUCGGCCAUGUCCCGUAUGUUUCCGGCCGUCAGCCAGCAGUACGCGCCCCCGCCGGCCGCGCCCGGCUCGCAGCCGUACGCCGGCGCCGCCUACUACGGCCCCCUCUUCACGCCCUACUCGUACAAGGCGCGCUCGCCGCCCUACUCUCGGCCACCGGGCCGCGCGCCGCUCUACCCGGGCGGCUACGGCGCGCCGGCGUCGCCGACCGGCGGCCUGUACCGCGCCGCGUCGGCCGCCGGCGCGCCGCCGCCGCCACCGCCGCCCAGCGCCGAGUACGAGUACGGCGCCAGGUGAGAAUCGCAUUAUCCCGUCGAGCGCCUGAAAAACGAGGCGCGAAAAACGCCGACGGUGCCAGCCGGACAACUGCUGAAAAUUGCCCGUGAAAAUAAAUACGACGGCGAUUAAUGGCAGCGGGUGAGUAUUUAUUCAUGGCGCCCGGGCGGGGAGAAGCGUGACCCGACGGGGGACCACCGGCCGGCGGCUGUCGAGCGCCGGCUGGACGGCACCGGUGUCCGAAAAUGGACAGAGAGACGGUCCCCGCCGCGCCCCUCCCGGAGGGUGGACGGCCGCCCGCCGCCUGUCCACCCGCUGAGCCCCGGUGAUAUCUCGCAGUCAGUGUGACUGAACAGUGGACAGUUGAUGCGGAGACAGUCAGGUCAGAGACGUAUCGACGUCCGACGGCGGCGGUCAGUGACAGCACAGCGGCGAGCUCUGCGGUCGGUGCGGCGCAGCGGUCAACUGCCACAGAACUAUCGUGUCAGUGUGUGUCGCGCGCAGGUUAUGUAUGCUGUGCACCGCUGAAGCUGGAAGUGGGUUGGAUGCCUAUUGCCCAUUACCCAUGGCUGGAUGGCCACGUGCCAAAAUGUGUAUGUUCGCGAGUUAUUGCGCUGUGCAUGUGCAGAGUCGCCUUGCAAUGUUGCCUUCAUCAUGAAAUAAACGUGCAAUGAAAUUAUA